AUGUCCUUGGCUGGGUUAGACGAUUGGGAACGUAUUUCGCAUGCUGACAUUACACUCGACAAUACAACAGGAACCAUUUAUCUCGCUUCUCAUAACGCAUCACUACAGCCAACGUUCGUAGCAUUACACGCAAUUAAAAUCAAGUUUCCUAGUGCCUCUAGAAAAGCGACAAUAGGUGGUAAUGGUGUGCUUCAGCAGGGCGCUAUUGAAUGCCGACAUAUAACAUCAUUAAAGUUUAAGAAUCAGAAAAACUUCUUUUUUCAACAUUAUCAUGUAACGCAGAUUAAAUUUAAACGGAAUACCUCACCUAUUGAACUUGUUAUAGGUUUGGGUUAUGAAGAAAAACAGCAGCAACAACAAUACAGCCCGGCAACAUAUACAUCGUUUAUAUCGUCAUGGCAAUUGAAUGAACUUCAACAAUCAAUCGAUACAAACUUUGGCUCUAUCAAUAACACUUAUCAGUCAUUCGUGUUCAAAUCUGGGGCCAAAAUGGACGGUCACUAUAUAUCUUCGUUGAAAACGAACAGCCACGGAAAUGUGAUUGUAGGAUUUUCAAAUGGAAGCAUAUAUAUUGAGCCUGCGUCACUAUCGUCUAUGUCUCAAUAUGAUGAAGAUAUCGAAGGAAUUCUAAAUGUAGACGCUCAUUAUAUCAAAGUACUUGAUCCUCAUAAAACAGCAGAUGAUUAUCAUGAUCCAGUGGCAGAUAUUACAUUUUCAGUUAAUGAAACACAUAUAUUGUAUAUGUACUCCUCGGCAAACAUGGGUGUGACAAGGAUAACAAAUGAUGCAUUUACAGAUGCUGAAACGGUAUCACUUUGUCAAAAGCUUAAACUAUGUUUAUUGAACAACAUGGACUAUCUCGACCUUGUAUCAGAAUUAGUACGGAUGUCAGAACAAGAUGCACAGAAAGGAAAAGUACAUGAGUUAGUUAAGGAUGUUAUGACAUCCUAUGAAAUAUAUCACAAUUCGAAGAAUGGCGAAAUUCUGACAAGUGCCACAUUAGAUGCAAACCAGCCCCUCGACCAAUGGAGCCUACCACAAUUCCAAAAAGCGUAUGGUUUCGUAAUGACCAUCUACAAACAUUUGCCAGACAGCCAGACACAGUACAUCAAUUUGACGAAAGCAAUCCAACUACCGAUCAUUUAUGAGUGCUUCAUCAGCAGUUGUAUUAACAAAGACUACGAUGAAAUAGAGGCAAUCCUUGAGAAACCUAUCAUUGAUGACAAUCCAUCAGGAGUAACAACUAGCAUUGAUUUCGAUAUGAACAGUAUAUGGUCGUUAGCCUCUUUGACCAGAUGGACUAUGGAUUAUGUGAAAUGGGUUUUACGACAGUGGAAUUUACUAUUCAACUGCAAAAUGCCAAAGAAUGCUCAUUCGCGAAUUUUACUAUGUAAAAUCCUGAAGCUGAUACAUUACUUCUUACAUUAUACAACCACAGCUCUGAUGAUGAUUACUCCUUCUACUACUACUACUACGAUUAAUACCUCUACGACUACAUCGAACUUCCAACAACUAACUCAUCUACCAGAACCACAAUCUUUAUUGCAAAAACAUAUAUCAGCAAUCUAUAACGAUCAAACGAUAGACAUAAAAAAUACUAUAAAAUUCCUUGACACAUUGAACGAACUUAAGCCAACAACUACAACAACUGGUAAGAUAGACGGUCAAUUUGUUACUAACUGA